GAGCGCAACACGGAACAGUCCCGACUCCACUGUCGCCGUUUGUCACUUACCCAGACACCACCAGAUUACUGAUCGCGACAGCCAAAUCGCAAUCAUGGAUCCGCAAAUAGAUCUCCCCGAACUCGUAGAGGACCUUGAAGUCAACAUUGACGAACUCACGGCGACGCUCGAACCUCUGCUCUCAAAACCACUCCAUACGACCGCGUCAUCGCUUCCGUUGCUCGACAAGGCCAAGCUAUACACUCUCUCCGCCUACGCGAUCGAAUCCAUCUUGUUUUCUGUUCUGAAAGCUUCGGGUGUGGAUGUGACAGAACACCCCAUCUUCAAGGAGAUUGCGCGUCUGAAGGGGUACAACAGCAAGAUUCGUGAGGCUGAGGAGCGGGAUAAGAACAAAGAAAACAGGGCGCGUCUGGAUGUAGCAGCCGCAGGACGGUUCAUCAAGCAUGGUUUGGCGGGCAAUGACAAGUACGAUCUGGAAAGGCGGGAGCGCAUGGCCAAGGAAAAGGCAAGGGCGCACCUGAAAGCACAGAAGAUGGUGAACAAGAAGUUCGACGACGAUGGAAAGGAAGUGCAAAGUGAAGAUGCGACGCCUAAGAAGAGGGGCGUGGACGAAGUUGAUGGCCAUGGUGAGGACUCUGAUCAAGUACUGGGAGGACUAGAAGAGGCAGAGCCAGCGGCGAAGAAGGCGCGCGUUGACGCCACCGAGCCCAUGGACAUUGACUCCGAAGCGUCGAAGAAGGGGAAGAAGAAGACAAAAACACAAAAGACAAAGGCCAAGAAGGAGGCUAAGAAGGCAAAGGAACAGGCAAGACAGAGCGCAGAGAGCACCGAUGCAUCUGCCGACGAUACACCUGAAGUCUCCACUUCAGCCGCAGAACCAAAACCAGAGGCCGAACCAGACGUCAACACUACGCAACCCAGGAAACGUGGCAGACCCCCAAAGAAGGACAAGGCGCAGCGAGCCACAGUAGACGAUGCCGAAGCAGAAGCUACGCCUUCAAAAGCCGAGGCAAGAGUGACACGGAAUCGCAACAAACGGCUUUCAACACAGAACGGGCAGGAAGAGGAGAUUGUAGUACCGACACCAGACCAAGCGCCCAAGACACGAAGCGAGACUUUUAACGCGCUGCUUGAUGGCUCGUUGGGCGAGAAGAACAAGAGCAAAAAGGGUGGUAAGAAGGGAACUCGAGGAAAGGGGAAGUGAACAGGGGUCUGGAGCUCAUGAGUUCGCUGUCAAGUGGAUGAUCUUGAUGAGCUUUCAUGGUGGACAUGCUGGGAUUGGGAGGCUUGAAGUAUACAUUUGUCUAUUGGUCUCGUCGUGCAGGAUGUCAUGUCCCCCCGAGGACCACUACGCACACUCAGCAGAUGUCCGGUUGUGUGGCAUAUAAAGAGCUGCUAUGUAUACAGCAGUAGCUGAUUACAGGUCACUAUGAUCGUCUUGGAUCAUCGUAUGCGACAUAAUAAUGACUUUGAGACUCUCUACGUACUCAUUACAAGCCUAUAAUGUUUGUUUUUUUCGGA